CAGGGACCUGGGCACCUACUUCCCCACCCCCUCAUCCAUUCUCUCUGGGGCCCUAUCUUCCCUUAUAUGGUGAAGGAAGUUCCUGGGGGUGGGGGGGUGAGGACAAAGGUCGGUCUCCUGCAGCCAGCUUGCCACAACUUCCUAAGAUCUCCCAGGUGGUGGCUGCCUCUUCCAGACAGGCUCAUCCACCAUGACUAAACUGACUGCCCAAGUCAAAGGCUCUCUCAACACCACCACUCCAGGAAUACAAAUAUGGAGGAUAGAGGCUAUGCAGAUGGUGCCGGUUCCUUCCAGCACCUUUGGAAGCUUCUUCGAUGGUGACUGCUAUGUAGUCCUGGCUAUCCACAAGACCGGCAGCACCCUCUCCUACGAUAUCCACUACUGGAUUGGCCAGGACUCGUCCCAGGAUGAGCAGGGGGCAGCUGCCAUCUACACAACACAGAUGGAUGACUACCUGAAGGGCCGGGCUGUCCAGCACCGUGAGGUCCAAGGCCAUGAGAGCGACACAUUCCGGAGCUACUUCAAGCAAGGCCUUGUGAUCCGGAAAGGGGGCGUGGCUUCUGGCAUGAAGCACGUAGAAACAAACUCCUGUGAUGUCCAGCGACUGUUGCACGUCAAGGGCAAGAGGAAUGUGCUGGCUGGAGAGGUGGAAAUGUCCUGGAAGAGUUUCAACAGAGGGGAUGUCUUCCUGCUGGACCUUGGGAAGCUUAUCAUCCAGUGGAAUGGGCCAGAGAGUAACCGCAUGGAGAGACUUCGGGGCAUGACCUUGGCCAAAGAGAUCCGAGACCAGGAGCGGGGUGGACGCACCUACGUAGGCGUGGUGGAUGGGGAGAAUGAAGGGGACUCCCCACAGCUGAUGGCAAUUAUGAACCACGUGCUGGGCCCACGCAAGGAACUAAAGGCUGCAAUUUCUGACUCAGUGGUGGAGCCGGCCGCUAAGGCUGCACUCAAGCUGUACCAUGUGUCUGAUUCAGAAGGAAAAAUGGUGGUUAGAGAAGUUGCUACUCAGCCACUCACACAGGACUUGCUCAGCCAUGAGGACUGUUACAUCCUGGACCAGGGAGGCCUGAAGAUCUUUGUGUGGAAGGGAAAAAAUGCCAAUGCCCAGGAGAGGAGCGGAGCCAUGAACCAGGCUUUGAACUUCAUCAAAGCCAAGCAGUACCCACCUAGCACGCAGGUUGAGGUGCAGAAUGAUGGGGCUGAGUCCGCCAUUUUCCAGCAGCUCUUCCAGAAGUGGACAGUGCCCAAUCGGACCUCAGGCCUUGGCAAAACCCACACAGUGGGCUCUGUGGCCAAGGUGGAACAGGUGAAGUUUGAUGCUCUGUCCAUGCACGUACGGCCUCAAGUGGCUGCCCAGCAGAAAAUGGUGGAUGACGGGAGUGGGGAAGUGCAGGUGUGGCGCAUCGAGGACUUAGAGCUGGUGCCUGUGGAGUCCAAGUGGCUGGGCCAUUUCUAUGGCGGCGACUGCUACCUGCUGCUCUAUACCUACCUCAUAGGCGAGAAGGAGCACUACUUGCUGUAUAUCUGGCAGGGCAGCCAGGCCAGCCAGGAUGAAAUUGCAGCCUCGGCUUACCAAGCUGUCAACCUGGACCAGAAGUACAACGACGAGCCAGUGCAGAUCCGGGUCACGAUGGGCAAGGAGCCGCCGCACCUCAUGUCUAUCUUCAAGGGGCGCAUGGUGGUUUAUCAGGGAGGCACCUCCCGAAAGAACAACGUGGAGCCCGUGCCCUCUACAAGGCUGUUUCAGGUCCGAGGGACCAGUGCUGAUAACACCAAGGCUUUUGAGGUUACAGCCCGGGCCACCUCCCUCAACUCCAAUGAUGUCUUCAUACUCAAGACUCCGUCCUGCUGCUACCUGUGGUGUGGAAAGGGCUGCAGUGGGGAUGAGCGGGAGAUGGCCAAGAUGGUUGCUGAUACCAUCUCUCGGACAGAGAAACAAGUGGUGGUCGAGGGGCAGGAGCCAGCCAACUUCUGGAUGGCUCUGGGUGGGAAGGCGCCAUAUGCCAACACCAAGAGGCUGCAGGAGGAAAACCAAGUCAUCACUCCUCGGCUCUUUGAGUGCUCCAACCAGACUGGGCGCUUUCUGGCCACAGAGAUCUUUGACUUCACUCAGGACGACCUGGAAGAGGAUGAUGUGUUCCUAUUGGAUGUCUGGGACCAGGUCUUCUUCUGGAUAGGGAAACACGCCAACGAGGAAGAGAAGAAGGCUGCAGCUACAACUGCACAGGAAUACCUCAAGACCCACCCCGGAAACAGAGACCCUGAGACCCCUAUCAUUGUGGUGAAGCAGGGGCACGAGCCCUCCACCUUCACAGGCUGGUUCCUGGCUUGGGAUCCCUUCAAGUGGAGUAACACCAAAUCUUAUGAUGACCUCAAGGCCGAGUUGGGAAACUCUGGGGACUGGAGCCAGAUUGCUGAUGAGGUUAUGAGCCCCAAAGUGGAUGUUUUCACUGCCAAUACCAGCUUCAGUUCUGGGCCCUUGCCCAUCUAUCCCCUGGAGCAGCUGGUAAACAAGCCUGUGGAGGAGCUCCCUGAGGGUGUGGACCCCACCAGGAAGGAGGAGCACCUGUCCACUGAAGAUUUCACUAAGGCUUUGGGGAUGACUCCAGCUGCCUUCUCUGCGCUGCCUCGAUGGAAGCAACAAAACCUCAAGAAGGAGAAAGGACUGUUUUGAGAACUGAAGCUCAGCGUCCAGCAGCUCCUACCCUGCCUUCAAGCCUCCUCCCCACCCCCCAUUACUGGCUUUAGUCCUGUGCCAGUUGAAAAUGUCCAAUUGUAUCUGUGAACCACAGUGUGAAAGUUCCUUCUGUUUAUAAUAGUAAUCUGCCCAUUCCUUUAGAAAUAUGCCACAGCCCAGUGGAGUCUUGUUCUAGAGUUUUCCUUCCUUAGAGCAGCUGAGUACUCCAGGAGACAUAGCACCUGGGCUUUUCUCUCAGCUUAUCCCUCACAGCAGGGAGUUGGGGAGUGUUUGGCAGUUUGAAGUCAUUCCCACAGAGAGGUCUUUCCUCAUUGCUGAGGGACCUGUUUUUUGAAAGCUAAAGCCUACAAGGAAGUACUGAGAAUCAGGUGUUGUCUCAUCCUCUUUCAUACUCAAAAGGGGAAGCUAAGGCCAAGGCUGGGCUUACAAGCUGUAACUCAGAAGCCUUUGUAAAGCUUCACAGACUCCUCAAAUGACAACACCAGGAUCAUGGGUUUGCUACAUGAAGUCCAAUCAGAAGCCGACAGAAGGUGAUUUUCUCUUAAAACAACUGGUUAUCCAGUGUCCCCAGGAACAUGUCCCUUUAAAUAAAUAAGUCAAACUAA